AUGUCUACUUCAACACCACCGCCUACGAUUAUAUGUAUUGGAAUGGCUGGAAGUGGUAAAACCACUUUUGUUCAAAGAUUAAAUUCUCAUUUACAUUCUAAGAAAACCCCACCAUAUUUGAUAAAUUUGGAUCCAGCAGUAUUGAAAAUUCCAUUUGGAGCAAAUAUAGAUAUUAGAGAUUCAGUUAAAUAUAAAAAAGUCAUGGAAGAAUAUAAUUUAGGACCUAAUGGAGCUAUUGUAACAUCAUUAAAUUUAUUUUCCACAAAAAUUGAUCAAGUUAUUAAAUUGAUUGAAAAAAAGCAAGAUAAAAUAAAUAAUGUUGUUAUUGAUACUCCAGGACAAAUUGAAUGUUUUAUAUGGAGUGCUAGUGGUUCAAUAAUAACUGAAUCAUUUGCUAGUGAAUUUCCUACGGUGAUUGCUUAUAUUGUUGAUACACCAAGAAAUACUAGUCCUACAACUUUUAUGUCAAAUAUGUUAUAUGCUUGUUCUAUAUUAUAUAAAACUAAAUUACCCAUGAUUGUGGUUUUUAAUAAAACUGAUGUUACUAAUGAUGAAUUUGCUAAAGAAUGGAUGACUGAUUUUGAAAGUUUCCAAAUGGCUAUACAAAAGGAUCAAGAAUUAAAUAAUGAACAAGGUAGUGGAUAUAUGAGUUCAUUAAUUAAUUCAAUGUCAUUAAUGUUGGAAGAAUUUUAUUCAAAUUUAGAUGUUGUUGGAGUGAGUUCUUAUACUGGUCAAGGAUUUGAUAAAUUCAUGGAAGCAGUUGAUAAUAAAGUCGAUGAAUAUAAUGAAUUUUAUAAAGCUGAAAGAGAAAGAAUAUUGAAACAAAAGGAAGAAGAUGAAAAAAAGAGACAAACCAAAUCUUUGAAUAAAUUAAUGAAAGAUAUGAAAAUGAAAGAUACCACUACCAACAAAAGUGAUGAAAGUAAAAAAGAUAGUGACGUUUUAUCUGAUUAUGAAGAGGAUGAUAAUAUUGAAGAUGACGAAAAUCAAGGUGAAGUUUUACGAGAUGAAGAUGAACCUGAAAGAGAAUAUACAUUUCCUGAAGAUCGUCAAUCAGAAGUCAAUUCUAGAACCGAUGUUGAUUUACAAGCUCGUUAUCAACAAGCAUUUGAAUCAACAGCAAAACCUGCAUCAUCCAAAACUGCAGAAAAUAUUGCCAAUUAUAUCAAUAGAACUCAAUAA